AUGACAAGUGCUAAAGACGAAAUAUCUGAGAGUUCGUCUUCGGACGAGGACGAAGAAUCUUUGAGAGAACUGGUACGUUGUAGUUAUCAGCAUUUGUAUAGUAACUUCCAAUUUUUAGCAGUUUCACAGUGAUCGAUUGUGGUUUGAUCUCUGUUCGCUUAUUGUUCUCAACUUUUUUAGGUUUUUUUCUUAUUUGGGGGUUUCUUUUCAUAAAUAGCGCUUUGUUUUCGGUUGUUGAAAGAUCAGUCUGCGGGGAUCUGAUUGAAUUCAUUACAUUGAACAUUAAUUUUUAAAAAGCUUGAGAUUACUUUGGUCAACAUCGAGUUUACGUGAUCAUUAAUUAAUGAAAGCCCAUUUAUUUUAGAGUUUUCGUAGUUGAGUAAAUUUUGAUGUGUUUUUCUAUUGCACUGUUUUGAAUGGAUUUAUGUCUUGAAGUUUUCAGCGUGAAAACUGUCAGAGGAGUGUGCCGGGGGGUGCAGCCAAGCAAGGGCUGCGCGGCAAAUAGUGUUUGAUUAAGAUUCUUGGGGCGAGAGUAUGCAAGGCACAUAGUUGCACCUACAAUCAGGGACAAAAGUAGUUGACACACUUGUUUGAAACGAGUGCUUUUAACAAACAUUUAAUUCAUUUAUUAUUUCAUUCCUUUUAAACGCCGUAAAUCCCCCGACCCCCCGAAUCAAUGUUGUCUGAAGUAAAAAAAAGACUUGAGAGUCCAAAAUUCAACAUUGAUUUUGGGGGGAAGGGGUUGGGGUAGAACAGGGAAGGGGAUAAGUAUAUUCACUAUGCAAAAAGGGGCCAUUUUACGGAAGUGUGUCAACACUUUUGUCCCUCAUUGUCUGAAUGCAAAAUUGUGCUACUGCACACAAGUUGAGCCGUGCAUGACACUGAUUUUAACUGAAAUUAAAGGAAUCAAUGACAUAAUUAUGUUAUUGGUGCUGGGGGUGACAUUGACUUAUUCACGACCGAAUUAUAGGGCCAAUUCGAAUUACGCGACGACGUAAUAAAAGGGCUGCGAUAUCCAGAAUUAACGUCGAUAUGGUUUACAAGCUAAAAACUGACGCUGAAACUCGCGCACACGUACAACUUUUGAUGAAUUUCAAGGGGGUGCGUACUGAAAAUAUUUUUAUAAAGUGAAUAUUUCUCGUUCUUCACUUUAUCCGAUUGUUAAGGCCCAAACAAUCACGGAUAGGGUAAGGAUUGACACGUAGUGGGGAUAGUCACUGGCCGGCCACGGAAAUAUAGAGCGUUAGUGAGGAGCGGCCGUCACUGCGUUCAAUAUGGAAACUACGGAAAAGUGAAGGUAAAUUCAUAGCUAAUUCAAUAAAAAACUAAGGACAGCGUAGCAACCAUUGCAAGUGUACACGAAAACAAUUACUUUUAAUCCCACCUCGUGACAUCCUGUGUGACAUGGUAACGCAACGCAAAUAGCGUGACAUAAGCGCAUAUGUCUGUGUAUAUCGACUGCAUUUCUCAAGCGAAACCCUGUGUUUUUGUCUAUUGUCGGCAGAGAAAAUGAAAAAGAGAGCUUUGAAACGUGAACUGGUAUUUGACUCUCAAAGAAAACGACAGCUCAAACUGAGGAAAACACUGCUUCCUUCGUGUUACAACGGUUAACCACGUUUCGGCAAACGGAAAGUAACAAUAUAAGUCUGUUAUGACCUCUUAAUGUGGAUAUGUAUUCUCGUGGUUAACCGUUGAAACUCCUUAUUUGCACCACAUCGCUGGAAUUUUUCUCGCCAAGAAUACGUAUUGCGAAGCACUUUCUACAUAGCGGAAUCUUCUUUUGCCUUUUGUGAGGAAUUAGCGCAUAAAAAAGGAAAUUUUCCAGCGCCCUGCCAUCACAUCGAUCACGUGUUAUCCCGCUUUGCUUGUCAUCAAGUGAACUUCUGGGCCAAAGUAAUUGCUGUUUUGGCGAUGAUACAAACUGGUGUGUCUAUCUUGAAAACAAUUUCUUUGGCAUUCUGUGAUUUACGAGCUGGGAAAUGAAAUAGUUGUCCGUCCAUCAUCAAUAAACAAUCAUGGCACUGAAUAAAUGGCAGGCGGUCAUGCAAAAUCAUCACAAAAGUACAUUCCUACGCUAAAGGUUUGGAUCAGUUAGGUAAGAAAAGAUCUCCAAAAAAUAAAAAAAACACAUCUAUAUAUAGGGCAUAGCACAAACGGCUGGCCCAUUAUUUAUGAGGUUCAUAACCUGUAUAUUGUUCACGUCCUUUCACUAAUGGCAAAGGUCAAUGUCAAAAAUAAUGCAUGUCCCCUCUGUUACUCUGCAGUACUUCAUUCGCUUAAGUUAACCAUUUACCAGAACAAUUUUCAUUGUACCUUAGUGUUUCCAUCCUUUUUCCACUAUUGAUAAUACUUGUGAAAACAUUACAUCCGCAGCAACGGCGUUGAUCAGAACACAAAUCAUUUCGUCUCGACCCGACAGGGUAUCAGGAACGCGCGCGGGAGCACAAGAUUAAGUAAUGACAUACGCUUCCUACAUUUUACUCUACGUAUACUACAAAUCAGGACGAAACUUUAUAAAUUGAUGUUUAAAAACAAACAAUUUGGCCCACAGAGUAAUGUCAGCGCACAAAAAUUCAGCAGCGUCAAAAAUCUCGCCGGAAAACACAGAUACAUAUUUCAGACAAUCAGGGACAAAAGUAGUUGACACACUUGUUUGAAACGGGUGCUUUUAACAAACAUUUAAUUCAUUUAUUAUUUCAUUCCUUUUAAACGCCGUAAAUCCCCCGACCCCCCGAAUCAAUGUUGUCUGAAGUAAAAAAAAGACUUGAGAGUCCAAAAUUCAACAUUGAUUUUGGGGGGAAGGGGUUGGGGUAGAACAGGGAAGGGGAUAAGUAUAUUCACUAUGCAAAAAGGGGCCAUUUUACGGAAGUGUGUCAACACUUUUGUCCCUCAUUGUAGGCUCGAUUUCUGCUGUCUCCUGAGUACAGUCUUUGGUCACUCUCAAUAAGGGGGAUGAUUGCAGGCUUAUUUGUCCAGAACAAGGGCUGGUGAUCGAGACUAGCUGCACCAGAAGAUCCAAGUUGAGAGGCACUCAUGCAGGAAAUACAUUAUGCCCUUUGUGGGGAGGCACAUUACUUAACAACCCUAAAAACAGCUGGAUAGGGAUGCCAGACUGACUGCAAUAACCACUGUCAUAAAUUUCUUUUCCUUAUCUUUACUUUGUGAGUUUUUCUUUUAUGUUCGCAUUUUUCUUUUAUUUUUGUGUUGUUAUUGGUGUGUUAUUUUUUUUAACUUUAAUAUUUUGCCUUGACCUAACCAUCAUGACCCAGUUAAUCAAUAAAUCUUACCACUUUGGUAUAUUCUGAAUCUAUAGCAGACUGUUUUUCAUUUGGGAUUUAGAAGAUAUUUUGCUGGCAAAUAUAGAGUUUAUUGUAAUAUUUUUUUAUUUCCACUCUUCUGACAUUUUAAGAUUUUAAGUAGACAAACUAUACGAUAAGCAUUUUUCUUCUCUCUUUUUGUUUCUCUUUAUUAUUUUUUCAUGUUUGUGUUUUGGUUUGUUUUGUUCUUUUUUAUGUUUUGAAGAGACAAGCAGUUCAGUCUGUCAAUAAAGCCAGAUCAAAAAGGAAACACAUGAAAAGCUCCCUUGAAGAACUGGUACAUGAUUAAGUUUUCAUUGUGAUAUAUCACCACAUAAAUGCUUACGAAUAAAUACACACCAAGGCAAUAGUUCUUAGGCACAUUGUAGAAGUGAAUCUACUGCACUACAGUUGCACUGUUUUAUUUUAUUUCACAUUCAUUUUACAUAACUUUGAUAAAAAAAGGUGUGAGACGAGAAAUAGUGGUUUGGCUUUCACAACAGAUCAGGGACCAUUAAGUAUAAUCAAAAGUUAUGACAGCAUUUAUACAGUAGCAUUAGCCUAAACCAGUGAUUCCUUGGAGCCUACAGUUCAGACAUUUUUGGGGGUAGGGGUGGGGAUGAGAACUGUGUAGAAUUUGCUUGGGUUGCGGUGGAAAAGUGAAAGGGGAGUAGCCACCUACACAUGACAAUGGGCAUUAUUAGGGAUUUUCAGGCAGGGAAGACAGGCAAGAAAACAACUGGCUACAAGGGCUGUGAAAAUGAGAAAACUACCUUGAUAAUAAUGCUAGAGUAUGAAACCCUUUUGAUUAAAUUUACUCUAAACAAUGAAUGUUCCUGCACACUGCAAAGCAUUAAGUCCAUUGAUUGGUGCGCAACAGUUUUUUAAGCCUCUUACCAGUCAGUAGAUUGACUUUCAAAAAACUCCUUCUCGUGACUUUGUCACUCGCUCAGCUGCUUUGUGGCCUUAACAGCUCGCUCCACUUAGUUAGAAACUCAUGAGGUUGACUUGUGGCGAGUCUAACCAUGACUUAGACAGGAACCCUAUUUUUCAAUAGUAAAAAAUCUGGUGAGUUAAAGUUAGAUUGGAGUUUGGCUGUGUCCUGAUCAGGUGGCAUAAAAAUCUUCCUUUUGAAGGAUAUCCAAGCUGUCCUGGCUUAGAUAUGGGAGAACCCUUAUGGAACCUUGCUUUCAGUUAGGAAACAAAUUAAGACUCACUGGAUUAUGCUGAUAGAACAGGGUUUGCACAGUCUUGUAAAAUCCUUGAAUUUUAGGGGGAGUCCUUGAAUUGCAUUUUUCCUUGAAAAGUCUUUAAAUUUCUGUGCAAGUCCUUGAAUUUUCUUCAACUUUGAAUGUAGAGGCCUAAAAAGUGAUUUUUAAUGCCUUUUGUUUGUCCAAGACACAAUAUAAAUCAUAGCUAUGUACAUAAAGCGUUUUUUGUUUUAUGCAAGAAUGAGAGGAGAAGUUGUUUUGUCACGUUGCCAUGGUAGCAAAAUUUUUGGAUGACAACAAACCAAUAAAGUCACUUAAAAGUCUAUUUGCACUAUUUCAAACUUCACCAAUCUUAUUUAAUUUCAUUUAAUUUGGCAAAUCUUGGCAAAAUUUUCUUUGGAAUUGUAUCUAUCAUUAUCUAAGUUUUAAAAAAGAAAGCGACAAUUUUUGGGUUGUGUACACCUGCUCCAUAAAGCAGGCUCGAGAAAUUAGGAAGUUUCAUGUCAUAGUGGUGCAAUGACAGCAAAGAAAUGCAGUGCAAAGUCGUUAUUUGUCAAUAUGCUCAUAUUUUUCACCCUUCUCCUUGCUGCGGGGAGCAAGGCAUGGCGCAGUGGUGAGAGCACUCGCCUCCCACCAAAGUGGCCCAGGUUCAAAUCCUGGCAUCAACACCAUAUUAUGGAUUGAGUUUGUUGUUGGUUCUCUCCUUUACUCAGAGAGGUUUUUCUAGGGUACUCUGGUUUUCCCCUCUCCUCAAAAACCAACAUUUCCAAAUAAUUUCCAAUUCGACCAGGAAUCAGGUAGACGAAGAACCACUUUGUGGAUGUGCUACCUCCAAAUCAUUAUUUAUUUAUUUUAUUUGUCGCCAUCGUCGUUGGUUUUGUUGUCAUCCAGAGACAGUUCUACCAUGGUAACGUGAUGUCACACAUCUCCUCUCUAUUAACUAUCAAUUUAAUAAUCAGGUGAACUGAAAAAUGUAGAGAAGUUGGUGGAGCAAACAGUUCAAGGCUUUUAAAGUCCCGUUUAGUCAGAAUGGACUGGUUAUGUCCAUUUUUGUACAAUCUGUGAAGUAACAUUCCUGGUAGGUGGUCCUUGAAAAUCAAUUGUUGUCUUUGAAAAUUCCUUGAAAAAACCUUUAAAAAUUGUUGCAAUUUUUUGUAUGAACGCUGAAGAAACUAGAAUUGCUUUCAGAGUAUGGCUAAUGAUUUAAAAUUUGUGCUGUUAUGUACAUUUAAGACUUUGCUCUAGCACUGCCCAAUUGCCCCUGGUACCUGACUCUCCCAGGGGACUAAAAAAAAUAAUAAUCUUAGUUUUUUCAUAGAAAUCAUUAUGCUGGGUACCCUAGAUUUCAUAAUUUUAGGGUACUGCUGGCUCCCAAGUCAAUUUUUCCCAGAGCACAGUCUUGACAUUGCAUAGGUUAGAAAUCAUUUAGUAACCCAGUGGCCAGUUAUCACAGCUCAUUUCUUUUGCCUAUAGUGCACUGUAAAUGGAGUCAAGUUUGAAAAGUUACAGAAAGGAUCAGGAAAAAAUGUCAAAUCCUUGGAGAUGUUCUUCUCAGGCUUUCCAAAGAUAAUUGGCAUGGAGAACUUUCCAAGCCUACAGAGCCUCACUCUGAUGGGUCAGCAGAUUACAAUGCUGGAGAAUCUGGAGUGUUUACCAAACUUAACCGAGUUAUGUGUGUCAGAAAGCAAGCUGUCUGUAAGUCAAUUUUUGUAUGACACUGUACACUGUAUGCACCCCCCCCCCCCUUCUUCUUGGGAGGAGUUUUCAGUAUUCUAUUCAUGUGCGGCUGAGAUUCCAUAACCGUUGCAUUGUGUUCGAUGCUCUAUAGCUGCACUGUGGUUACCCUAUCGAAGGCUAGAUCUCAAAAAAAUAAGGUUCAAAUAUGUUAUAUCAACAUGUAUUUGAGAAGAAUUAUCCUGAAUUCCGUGGUAUUUAGCGUGUUAUUGUGAAUAUUGCAGGACUUCGCAGAUUUACUUGAAUUUCGUGGCUCCAUAACCACGCAAAAUAUCAGGAGCCCUGAAAACUCCUUACAAAGAUGUAAUUAACCCAGGGCUUAUAAAUAGCAGUUUACAGUAUUCUUAAGUUUAUACCCCUGACGAUGCAGUUUUUAGUUGGGGAUCAUGCCCCAACUCCCUGCUCUUGUCAAGUCUGAUUUCCUUACCCUGUCAUAGUCUGACUUCUUGCUUAAAGACCCUAGUACCUUUCACAGCUGCACAUACUGUACCCUGAUCAGAUGUAGGUUGUACCUAAUUAAUUAAUUAUUUGAUUACAUACUCUAUUUUAAAUAUUAGUUUAUUUUAUUAGAAUGUAACGCAAUCAUUACUACAUAUAUAGUAAAUAAAACAAAUAUCUAAAGUUCAGAAUAAGAUGAGUAAAGUACAGUGAGUGAGUAGUAGUAGUUUUAUGUAUUUCGUACAUUUUUACUAAUGGCCAUUCUGAGGAGAUUUUAUUUUGGGAGUUGUAAUGUACUUUAAGUAGCCAUUGCCCUUGUGGAAAAGUGGCCAUUAUAGGGAGGUUAAAACAGAUAUAAGAGUAAGUGAUAAUAAAUUAUGGACUGUCAGUAGAGACUGAGAUAUGAGUGGUGGCGCUGUGGAAAGGUGGGCAUUUGAAGAGGUUACAUGUAACUGUAGCUGACUCAUCCCCCAAUCAUCUCUUUUGGAAUUGCACACAUGACUGCAGGAAAUGCAAGGGACACUGAUGAGAAGGAGGAAAACAAAAUGGAGAGGAAGGGAGAGUUUUCCGUCUUUCCUCCUUCACAUCAUCUGAUGACUCCCCUUGACCACGCUUCUCUUGUUAAUAGAGAGCUUUAGAUUAGAGGACAACUAUGAGUAGGGGAUUUUCUCAAUACUACGUUGUAAAUAGUGCACCCGCGUGAGCCAGCGUCAUUUUGGCAGGAUAAAAGCUUGAUAGCUGUCGUCAUUCUACAAUGGGUUUUAGCAAGAAUGUGGUGGUAGCAUGAGCAAGUUAUUAAAUAUGAGAUGUUUUAUCAUAACAAAAGAUAUGGUGAUGUGUAUUUUGUUUUUCUCAACAGAAAAUUUCUGGUCUCAGUGAGUGUAAACAGUUAAGAAAACUGCUGUUGUAUGACAAUAGGAUUUCAAAAAUAGAGAAUAUUUCACAUCUGGAUCAGCUGACUGUCUUGUGGCUCAAUAAUAACAGAAUCAGUGAUAUAGAGGUAAUAGCCAGUAACCAUUUAUAAAAUGUAACUUCCAGAUUAUUUACACCAGUUAGCUAAGCUUGUCAAGUGGGGGUAUGUCGACAAAUAAUGUGCAUGUUGUUAGUCCAACCUACUCUAGCUCAUCUAGACUACAGGGUUCGUACGCAUCUUGAAAACCCUUGAAAACCCUUGAAUUUCAGGAGUCCGAUUUCAAGGUCUUGAAAGUACUUGAAUUUCGUUUUGGUCCUUUAAAGUCCUUGAGUUUUUAUUGAACAAGAUCGAAAAUGUUCUGCACUAUCUGUAAACCCAAAACAUAGAUGUUAACACAAACAUUUUUCUUGGUUUUGAGGUAAAAUGGUCAUUAAAAAAAGUCCUUGAAAUUUCUAGUUAGGGUCCUGUAAAGUCCUUGAAAAGUCCUUGAAUUUUUGGCCUGAAAAAGUGUACAAACCCUGAGACUUAGCUCAGAUCAAGCUUUUAGCCAGGAAUUGGUACGUGGCUGUCCACCAAUCGUUUGAAAUCACUGACUGAGAAUCAACAAGAUGUGCUUUUUAUUUAUUUGUUUUCACCUAAAAAGUGGCUGUCCAGUGGAUGGCUGGUCGGCCACCUGGCUAAAAGCUUGGUUCAGAUGAUCAUGCAGUGUGCAAACAAAAUCAUGUCUAUAGCCCAGGGGAUAGUGAAUUUUGCCAUUAUGCCGUUAAAAAAGCAUUCUGUUCUUAACUUACCCAACAGGCAAGCGAAGGGGGAUUUAACUACAGAAGUACUUUAAGAUAAAUUUCAAUUUCCUUAUUAAUUCACAUGGACCAACCAAAAGCCAUUUUAAGUUCAUCUGACAAAGUUAAUUCUGUAAAUACUAGUAUCAAAACAAGUACAUGUUAAUAACACUACAUUUCAUUUCAGACUAUAGGUUGUGUGAUCCCCACAAUCUCCGGUUAAAAGUAAGGCUCCUAAAGCUUUUGUUAAAUCGUAGCUGACUAAAACGAAUGAAUAAAGCAAUUAAGUAAUUAAUUAACUAAUGCUGUAAUUAUUAAUUAAUUAAUUAAUAGUUAUUAAUUAAUUAUUAAUCCUCCUUAUCAAAUCUUUUUUUGGGCUAGUCCAAAUGACUUUCGGGCUAGUACAUGCUAGCUGUAAAACUGAUCCUCCUUGCACUCUGUCAUGUUAUUAAUUACAGUAGGCUGUGAUAAUAAGUACUGGUAUUAUUUGCCUUGCCUCAUCUAUCCUUCCUCAUCAUAACUGAAAGUGUUCUCAUGAUACAGGGAUUAGAUGGGCUUCUGUAUCUUCUGGACUUAAACUUGGCUGCAAACAGAAUAACAAAAAUAGGUCAGUAGUUCCAACUCUCCAAAAACAGGUAACCGUAGUUUUUAACCCUUUAAACCCUAAGAUCAAAAAUUGAAUUCUCAUUUGUGCCCUGAUUCAUUUCCUACAGAAGUAGUGGGGAGAAGUUGAUAAAACAUCAAGCAAAUUUAUUUUGUGUGAUUGUAAUUCUGGGUCUAGGAGACAAAGGAAACUAAGAAUCGACCCAGGUUAAAAAAAAAAUUUUAACCUUAAUUUCAUUUAGACGUGUAACAUAUACAUAAUGUAGCUGUGUGGGUAUUGUUUCACGGUCAGACUGAGUGUAAAAAAAACUUUCGUGCAGUUUUAACAAAAAUUCUUAAACAGUAUCGCUUUUUUGCAGGAAAUUCUCUCAGUGGAAAUUUAAACCUUAAGACGUUAGACCUUUCUGCAAAUUGCAUUGCAUCAUUGAAGGUACCGUUUAUUGUCUUGCCAACGUUAGUUUACUCGUCCAUGCCACUGGACGGCGCUUGAUCAAGGAAGCAAACGGUUGCUUGCAAUGCCUUUUCUCCUUCGUUGCAUAGCGUCCGACCUGGAGAAAUCACUGCUUGCAGGGUAAUAUACCACAGACCUGGAAUAUAAUAUUACCUUGAAAAAUGAUAUCACAUAGUGAACAUAGUGUUACUUGCAAACUUGCAGACCUAGUCUGCUGUGCAGCAGACUAGGUCUUAGAAGAAUGACCUUAAUAAUAAUAUAAAAUUCCCUGUACCAGGUAAAGACCUGUCUGAUGUUGUUUUUAAAUUGUUAGGAUCUGACAAACCUGUCACGUCUACCCUGUCUGGAGUCGUUAAGUCUAAAGGACCCAGUGUAUGGACCAAACCCUGUAGCUUUAUUGUGUAACUACUCCACUCAUCUGCUCUAUCACUUGCCACAGCUACGUAGAGUUGACUCAUACAGCGUGGAAAACAAAACACUCAAAGAUCUAGCAGAGGUUAGUUUCUGACUAAAUCAACCCUCCAAGUUGCGACCACUUUGGUCGCCAUGGCGCCUAAAAUUUUGGAUCUGGCAACUUGAUUUGUAAAAAAGUCUCCCUAAACCAAAAGCGUUGGUUGCCAAAUGUCGACCAAGCAAAAACUUUAAUUUGGAGGGUUGUAAAUAAAGCUUGGGUAACAUUGCCAACAAAUAUUAAUAUUGAAACUGUGAUUGGAAUGUUUACACUUUUACGGCACGUUUUGUUAACUGUGGUAAUGUCCCAAGGGGUUGGGGGGCACCUCCUUUAUUUGUCCUAGGCGGGUAUAUGCUGCUUUAUUGGGUAUCGUUUUCAGGGUCUCGCGUAUUAAACCUUAAACAGGGAAUGCAGUUUUCACUAUUUAGCAUCAUGAAUGCGGUGUGUCUUGGGACCAGAGGCCAUUAAAAGUGUGUGAAGGUUGGCAAUGAGCGGUCUACAUGUGUGGUAGCAAUGAUUUUCUUCCAUAAAAUCUUUUUCUCAUGUUAGUUUAAUAAACUACCUAAUUGUGUAAGCUAAAUGACAUCAACAGGGUAAGGAUUUCAACUCCUCGGUGACACGCAUGACCUCUACCCAAACGUUCCUCAAGUGCCCCCCACCCCACCCCCGGUCUUAAUAUAGGAAGCUUAUAAAGCAGCAACGACGGCGACGGCUACGAAAACGUUACUUAAAAAGUGAAUUCCCGCUGCAUCAAACUUUAUCGCACUUAUUCCAUCUCGUUUGUCAAAUGUUGGCAAUUUUUUUCUGGAGUGGAGUUAUAAAAGACUCUAUCAAAGUUCAGGAAAAGAAAAAGAAAGUCGGCGUUGUCUUGAGUUCACGUCCUCCACAAAAAGUGAAAUUGGGCAUUUUCAAAUAGUAGUCGUGCAGUGAGGGCAAAGAGAAAUGUACAAAAAAGCGUGAUGCACGUGCAAAAUUGUUGUUUUGCCUAUUAAAACCUAUUUCUUUUUUGUCGUUCUCGUUGACGACGUCGUCGUCGUUGUUUAAGCUCCCUAAUAUAUAAAUGUGUUUGGCUUUGGAUUGAGCUUUUCUUUAUUUACAGACUACAGUGAUAAAGAAAAAGAUGUAUUACAACAUGCGUGUAAAGACCCUACAAAGGAACAAAGCUGACUUACUGUUCCGACUUGAGACAGAGAAAGCUGUUCUUCAAGCAGAACCAAAGAACAGGAUUCAUAAGCUCUACUCAGCUGUUAAAGAUGUGAGUACUGGCCUCACUGUAAUACUACAAUAAUAAUGAUACCUCGGAAUCUCCAAGCUGUUGUCAGACGCUUGUAUAGACUGCAUCAUCUAGUCCCCUAAUUUUUCGUAAGAUUGUCAAGAUCGAGCACUUACCUUUGCGGGCGGCCAUCUUGGUGUCAAAUGUACCGAGGCGGAGGGCUCCGUUGUUUUCACGUCGUAAUCGUGCAAAAAUGUGCCAAAAAGUAGGGAGCUUACGAAACCACGACAGCGACGGCAACGGGAACGUCAGAAGGCAAUGGGUUUAAAGAGCAAAACAUCAACUCUGCCCGUGCAUCGCGUUUUUUUGCCUACAUUUCUUUACCGUCCUUGCACAACUACGACGUGAAAUAACCAAGUUUGAAGUUUACUUGGGAAGGGGAACGGCAAGGGGAUAAAUUCUAGCAUCUCUGUCUAGCUCGGGCGCGGUCCCCUCUCUUCAGUUCCAACCCAAAAUCUCUUCUUUUAAGUAACUGGGGCCCUAGAGAUAAUCGCGAAAAAAAGUGAAAGGAUGCUAAGUCUAUUUGUCAGCGACGUUUUCGUGGACUUGCCGUUGUCGGAUCGUAAGGUCCCCAGUGUGAUGCACGUGCAACGUUGUUUUGCUUAUUAAACCUAUUGUUUUUUUUUGGCGUUGUUGUUGCCGUCCGCGUCCUCGGAUCUUAAAGUCCCUAGUGUCUCAUCUUGAUCAAGACAACGUUGGUCCGAAGUGAGAAUAAAAGACAUGAUACUUGAAAACAACGCGAAUUCACUAAAGUGACGCUUUUGAGGCCAUCGCCGUUGUGGCUGUUUAAGCUCUCUACUGGUUGGUCCCUCACGGAAGGUUUGACUUUAUUUUUAUAUUUCCUCGUAGAUUGAAAGAGAAGUAGAAGAACUUACGGAUGGGACGUCCACAUCUUUUAAAGAAAACAAAAAUCCCAUUAGCCCUGCUACAGGUGAUGAAGAGAAAAAGGAAAACAUUCAGGAAGACGCAGCGAAUAUCGUAGCUGAUACAGUGGUGUAUUCACAGAGAUUACAACAGAAGAAGGAGGUUCUUUUGGAAAGAAUUGCUAAGCUACAGAAACAAUGCGAAGAGUAAGAAGUGCAUUUUGCCAUUUUAGAAGGUUUUUCUCCCCAGUUACGCUAAGCAGUCUUUCUUUCAAAUUGCCCUACAUUAUUGUUGCUCUAUUUGCGAGACAUAUUGCAUGGGACUUCGCUCAGGCCUCGUUUAUAUAUCCUGGGAAAGAGGAUCACCCUCACCAAGUCAACUUUAGCGAGCGUUUAUAUGAGAAAUAAGUAGACCGUUCUUCCCAAUUCAACAGCGCAUGCUCUGAUUGUCUUCACCGAGUUGAACCUGCUGGGCGAGGCAAAGUGUUUGUAUGGAGAAAAAUUGGUCCGCGGACUAGGAGAGUAACCCUACAGUCGAAAAGGGUUAACCCAGUUAAGCCGGGUCACACAUCUAGACGAGCCAACUUUUUGUUUCUCGUGUAAACGGUUCGCCAAGUUUUGUAAGGAAAUAGAUGAAAAGUUGGUUCGCCCAGGGUAGCUCAAGUAGGCGGAUGACCCUUCAACCUAGGAAACUUUUCUCUUGAUAAACGGAGCCUUAGUAUAACUCGGUCAUUGAUUUUUUUUAAUCAGCCAGUUCCUAUUGAUGUUUAGUGGCAAAUUCUGUUUUAAGGAUUGACCAGUGCCAUCAAGAGAGCUGUGAUCAAGUGAACAGUGUGUCAGAGAUGACAGUUCAACGACUUCUGUUAGAGUUGGAGACCGGUGGAAAUGUGCGCUUUGAGGAUGGUAAACCGUCAGACCCCUGGUACAAAUCAUGCCAUGACCUUGUUUUGUCAAGAUUCUGUGUUGGAGAUUACCAGGUAUAUUAAUUUUCUUUUAGACUGCACUCAACCUUAUCGUUCAGGGAGCUUGAGCGACGGCGACGGCAAUGAGAACGGCAAAAAAGAAAUAGGUUUAAUAAGCAAAACAACAACUUUGCACGCGCUUCACGCUUUUUUGUACAUUUCUGUUGUUGCAGGACUUCGUCGUGAAACGUCCUAAUUUCACGUUUUAUGAAGUCAGCGGAAAGUGCGUCAACUUUCCAAAAGGACACGAUGACUGAAAAUUUCGGGGGCAUUCAGUUCUCUGGUUUUUACACUGUUAGAAAAAGAAAUUAUUCACUGGAAACAACAACUUGUAGUUGAUUGCCUUAGGCACUCCAGAUCCUGUUAAAAUAGGAAAUCCGUCUUUCAUAAAAAACAAGAAUCAAGAACGAAGACCAUUCAUAGCAGCAGUUAAAGGUGACUGGUCAAUCGUCAUUAAACAUUGACCUCCACGUGACCUGAAAAAGCUGAUUGGCUACUGGUCCUAGGGUCACAAUUUACUACCGAUUGACUGUAAAAAGAAGCUUUAGGAACUGUGUAAAGGUCAGGUCAAACUCCAUUGUUUCAACCAAUUUUGGGGAGGGGUGACUCGCAUGCUUUUGAGCACUGCAUGUUCUCUUACUUCGCGCUUCAACACGAUUGUAGCAAUAGCUGGCAUGGCUUGUUCAGUUUCAUACCAGAAGUGUAACAUUUGUUUUUGCUCAACGUCUUUUUUAAAACUUCCUUCACAGGGUGCAGGAAUUUCUGGAAUUAAAAUUCAUCGAAUCACAAGGGUACAUAACAGAAUCUUACGAACCCGGUUUGAUGAUAAAUUGGACAAGAUUCUAGACAAGGACGAUAUCACUGAAUUAACCAAGUAUGAAGACUUUGAUAUACUGUAAUAAAUAACUCAGUUAUAUGAAGAUUAUACACUUGAACAUCCAUGUGCGACCACCUCCUAUAAGCGACCACCUAUCCAAAGACAACAAUUUUCCCAGUCAAAAUCCUGUGAUUACAACCUCUGGUAAACGACGGCGUCUCAUAAGCCACUGCGACCAAUUUUGGCCAGACGGUUUAAUAGUUUUCGCGUUGUUUUUAACCUCUUGAAAGCGACCACCUGGGCUAAGUACCAGGGUUUCUUCAGGUUCAGCGGAGCCAAGAUCUGGAACACGCUUUCUCUGGCCCUGAGGAGCGAGCAUGAUUUAAUUAAGUUUGGGUUUGGCCUAAAAAGGCACUUUAGAUCCAAGCCAAAUUGAGCCUCCAAAACUUUCGCUAUAAAUACUUGUUCCAUUUUUCUUAUCUGUUAUUGUUUUUUGUGUUUUUUUUUUCUUUUCAUCAGGGCCCCAUUCAAACCAGCCUCGCUGAACUGGGCACCCCUGACUAAAUAUUGUUCGAAAUAAGAAUAAAUAAAUUUAGACAUUUAAAAAUUAAAAUACAUUUGUGGGCUUUAAAAUAAAGUUUUCAUUCAUUCUUACCCCAAAAAGAGACCUAGCCAGUCCCUACUAUACUACUUUGUGAAAUUCAUAUUUUAGUGUAUCAACAUUACCAUUGUGUCGUGAAGUAUAUUUGAGAUGGAAGUAGUUAAAGCCGUUUCAAGCUGGACUAAUUCCUGUUUUGUUCCAGGGGAAGAUCGUACAAGAGAUUUUUAGAAUAUCUAUUCUUUAUGUGGGAUCCAUCUUUACUUGACGGAAAUGGAGAACCCAUCAGAGUCUUGGAGAAAGGCUUCCGUCCUGCAUCUGUUUAUGAGGUGCGUAAAUUCGUGUGUUUUAUAUACGUGACUGUAUUAAACCAUGAAAACUGCCACCCGCCUCUCCAGGAUAAUUGACCAAACGAGAGAGAAAAAUCCUUAUGCUCCUCCGUUCAAUAUUCAGGAAAGGGAACGAAUUUCAUUUUGUGAAAAUGCUGAAGGCAAAUAGCGGCAUUACUUUUAGUAGCAUGCUAGACACUGCGAAAGAGGCUUCAUUGGAAUGGUCACACCAAAGGAUUUCAUCCACAGACUCAAAAGUUAGAACUACAUAGUAAAUAUAGAUUACCACGUAAACGUACUGCGGAAGAGGUUCAUUUUAAUGGUCACACCGUAGGAUUUCAUCCACAGACUCAAAAGUUAGAACUAUAUACUAAAUAAAUAGUGCUAUGUGAAAGUACUGCUGCCAGAGGUUUCAUUUGAAUGGUGACACCAUAGGAUUUCAUCCACAGACUCAGAAGUUAGUUUACAUACUAAAUAAAUAGUACCAUGUGAAAGUACUGCUGAAGAGGUUUCAUUUGAAUGGUCACAGCAUAGGAUUUCAUCCACAGACUCAAAAGCUAAAAUUGUGGAUGGCCUGUAAUAAGCCAUUUGUGCGAUGACGUCAUUUUACUACCACGACCAGAAUCCUUCAGAUAUUGUUUUCUAGUGCAAAUUAGGGCUUUUGUUAUUUAAACCUUGCGGGGAUUACCAAAUUUUAAAUAUGAAAAGAAAAACGAAGCGGAUUCUGGUCUUAGUAGUAAAGUGAUGCCAUCGUGCAAAUGGCCUAUUGGCUCUGGGAUCGUAAAGCGCUCUGCACAUUAAUUCCGUGUUGAUUCUUUGUGUUCCUAAGGGAUUGAAUGAAGAUGGUGGUGUACCUCUCGCGAACAGCGUCAGUGUCUGCGACAGACCCAGAGUGGAUUACCUCAGGACAAAAGCCAAACAGAGAGGGAGUACCGAUCAAUGCCCGUUUAGGCAUGGUGAGUGUUCUAUAGUGGCCAGGAAGUCAAAUAAAACAGUCUAGAGCGAUUCAAAUCAAUAGGCUUACUCCAAGCACUUGUCUUAUGUACAUUAUUUUAAUGCAGGCAUUAGUAAUUGAUGAUGAAAAACCUAACUCGCCAAUUGAAGGAUGGGUGCCUCAGAUAUCCAGGAGCUUCUCCUAUUGGCAGAUUAUUGGCAGCCAACUAAAUCAAGCAGGUGGAGUCUGCAUCGCUGGCAUAUCUUGGCAACCCGACCUUAAGCCUCAGGGAGGGGGUAACAGUCGUUAACUGACGCUAGCUUGCAGUCGCUGACCACCCGUGACAGCUCAAUUUGAGAAUUGUUUGAGAGCACUCGAUGUUUUGACACAUGGGCAUAACUUAAUUCCGCUGACCGCGGUAGGGCAGCUUGGGCGCUCUUAGCUGUCAACCACGUUAAGUAUCAUUAACCGACUCUAUUUUUUAAGGGUUUGGAGGAUUUUUUUCCGUUCUACAGCUUGCCAUAAUAAAGCAAUUGUGGUACUUUUCGGGGAGCCACGAAGCCUUUCGAAACAGUAGAUUAAUGACCCAAAUGAUGUCCCUAUAGCCCUAAAAAAUAGUUCGUGUUUUUAAAGUUCAGUCAAUGGGUUCUGUAGAGCUUCGUGGUUCCAGUACUUUCAAGUCCAACAAAAUAAUUAUUUACCCCGUGUUACGUUUAGGUCAACUGAUCGUCGCCAAAGUGUUUGUUGGAAAUGUGGUACCUGUUAAGAAUGAAAACAAGUAAGUGAAACAUGACCUUUUUGUCUACAGUUUUAGUCAGGCUUUGUAUAUUUUGUUAUCAUAUUUCGAGCAUUUUAGUGAGGUAAGGGCAUUAAGCAAUGUAUUAUUCCAGUAUUUUUGCGGAAUUUUCCAGGAAUUUUUUUUUUGUUGUCAGAGAAGAUGAAAAUUGUACAAAAAAAUUUAAGAGAAAUUGAAUACUUACAGUCGAAAUGCGAAAGAAAAAAAUUCACAUGUCAUACAGCCGACUAAGGGGUUAUCUUUUGCUGUACAAAAACCAUUAACUUGUUUAUGUUGCUGUUAUAACACUAAUAAGAUUUUGAAAAGAAACGAAAAAAGCCACUUUAUGAUGGAUGUGAUCGAGCAUUUUAGUGACUUUUGUGGGAGAGAGUCAUACCACGCAUUUUAUUGGGAAAAAACGGAGCAUAAAGGGGGAGCAUGUUAUUUGGAAAACAAAAGCAUAAUGCACAAAAGUCCAGUUAUAGUAGCUACAAUUAGUUUGUAGAUACCUGGUGGAACCCAGAACACUUCACCACUUGCAGAUCUCCUAUAAUGCACCUUAUUUGCCCCCCAACAUUUUGCAUAAGCAUUGCUUUCAGUUUCUCUUGGGACGGCUGUAAUACCUAGGAGAAAUGAAAAACAAAGGUUAUGCAAAAUGUUGGGGGCAAAUAAGAUGCAUUAUAGGAGAUGUGCAGGUGGCGAAUAAGAAGGAAGUGUUUGGCCAAGAAAGUACACUGGGGUGGGCGGGGGGGGCGGGGAUUUGGGAGUUACAAGACCUCUCUUCUUUCGUCUUGGGUGAAAAUUCUCUCUGCAUCCUUUACGAAAAUAUUCAAGAAGCUUUUUUCUAAUGUUCUGGAAACUCUCGAAUUCUGGAUUACACAGUCAAUUCUCUCUCCACACUAUUUGUCCGUUCGGCUUGAUAGGUGUAAACUAACAACGUUGAUUUUUCCUUCUUAGAAUUGCAAAGGCGUCUUAUCGAGGUGCAGACUCCGUUUAUCGAAGUAGGGUACACGAGAACUGCCCGUCGGGUUUGAAAAGAUCAGUCAGGGACACGAAUUGCGAGUGUAGUACGCAGCAGUGUGCGUGGUACGUGUUUGAUAACGAGAUGGUGCUGCCUGAAUACGUUGUGGACUUUGAAUAUACAACAAAGGUAACUAGAUCGAUUUUACCCCAUAUUCCUGGCUGGUUGGACUGUACCGAAAAUUAGAAUGAUUUGUAUGGGAAAAACAGCUCUUGCCACCCAGUUACGUUUGAGUGUUUUUCCAUACAAAUCCUUACAAAGUUCGAAAUUUUCAAUCUGUUCUUAAAUCUUUCCUUAAGCACUACGGAGGUCAAAUUUUCUUUUUUUCAUAACAGACAAUCCUUGUAAAUUUCGAAAUUGUCAUGCUGUUUUGAAAUCUUUCCUUUAAUAAGCAUUACAGGGCAGAAAUGUUCGGUUGUUCGUAGCAGACAACCCUUAUAAACUUUGAAAUUUUCAAGCUGUUGUAAACUCUUUCCUUUCGCAUAACGGGGCUCAAAUUUAUAAAAGACAAUUUUUGGCGACCGUUGUAACGGCUACUUUCGAAAUACAUUGCUGAAAACUUACAGGAUAUCGAAUUUUGUAUGCUCUUUCAGUUCCUGCUAAAAUCAUUCUUCCAAAUAAAAAGAGUUGUCCUCGUGUUUACUGACAGUUGGUCAUACGUGACCACCUAUUGCAAAAGGCCUGUUGUCUUAUUCCACGCACAUUUAUGUAAACUUUCCUAUUUGCAGGUGAAGCCCAAGUCGUCAUUCAUUUACUAUUACGGAGAACAUGAGAACAACGCUACUUACAAACCAAGCAAUGACGAAGAAAAAUCCGACAUUCCCGACGGAGAUGUCUUAAAUCUGGAGCCCAACAUCCCUAUAAGACCAAGGUAAAAGUUGCGAAAAAUAAUUGCUGUCCGAACAUACUGGCCCAAUGCCGAUAAAGACCGGCGGUAUCGUAGAUGAUACGAGAGAUGAUAAGCAGCUGUCGUAUGCACUCGUAAACUGCUCUCAAUAAAGUCACGAUGCGUUGUGUUUGCUCUCUCGUUCAGCCCGUAACCCUUUUUUUGAACUCUUGCUAUUACAAUUCCUCAAUCUAAAAUAACACAUUCUCUCUCUCUCUCUCCCUCCCUCUCACCAUCAUCCCACGUGGUCAAGUCUAAAUAACUUAUGGUUUGCGUUUACGCAAGGUCCUACCUACAAGGGAGGGGAAGGGUAGACCUCUCGCACACAGCGGUUUCUGAACUUCACACUUCCUUUAUCAAUGACUUCUGCUUCCCGUCACUUUCUCAUUAGUCACUGACUUUCCCAAUCCGAACGUUUUCACAAUACUGCGCUAUUUUCCCGUUUUUUGCGAUACCUUUAUGGGUAAAAAUAAGUGUUAGCUUUCCGUCCUGGACACCCUUAAUGAGACCGAAUCUGCAAUUUCUCCACCUAAGCGAGACGACGGGCAUCCCCGUCUUUUUCUCAGGGGAGUUUUCCUCUCCCCUGUCUUACUCGCCUCCCUAACAGGCUGCCAGGGGUUGUUCUGUACUAUUUUUAUGGAUCAAUUUACGUUUCUGGGAAACUACCCACCUACCCCUCUCCUAACCCAACAUUUUUCCCUGAUUGAGAGUUUUAAGUGUUGAUGUUGACCUAGGGGAGGGGUAGGUGGGCAGUUUCCCAGAAGCCUAAAUUGAUCCAUUUUUAUUUCCCAUUUAAUAUAAGAGUGUAAAAUGACACAAAGCUUAACAUAAAAUUCUCCAGAUGUAAAAAGUGUCAGGGUUGUUGGAAAAAUACAGUUUUUGGUGAUUGUGUCCGUUGUUUUUUCUACUUUUUUUAGGUUGAUUGCUUUGACGGAAGAAUUGUUAUUAAAGAGAUGUAAAGUGGCGUCUCUUGAGCAUAUUGUCGUAAGUUAACCACGAGAACGAACAAACCCAAAAUUUCGGGAAAAUUCCACUUGAUAUUUCAUAAAGUACUUAAAACAUACUGCAUCCCUGGAGCGGACUGUUCACAGUGCCUAUUUUCCCCUCCCAAAGUUUGAGGGUCAUAUUCGUCCGGGUACGAUUAUCGAUGUCAAGCGCUUACUGUGGCUGUUGGCCAUCUUGUCAUCUUGGUUUCAAAUGUCUCGAUUGUAACCCCAUUGAAGAGUAUCAAAUCUACCUCGGGAGAGAGGCUAUAAACCCCAACCCCUGCCCCCUCGGUACAUUUGAAACCAAGACAUCUGUAAGAUGCAGCAGGCGCUCCACCUGAACGAUCUUACGUAAAAGUUUGGUGCUGUAAGCAGUCUAUUGGGACCAUGACCGUGGCAGGAACAGAAUUAUUUGCGCCGCAAAAUUACUGUUCAUUAGUAUUACUGCACUCAAUGUUUCGAUAAAAUACAUCGUACUUUCUGGCUGCAACGCCCUCUUUGCCUUCAGACCACUGGAGUCCAUCAUAUCAUUGUUAGUAGUCUCUCUUAUAUAGGAUACCAUCCCAACCUAGAUCUCGGAUCUUUGGUUAUCCCGGUUUGUUUUUUCAUUAGCCUGCUAGCAAGCUUUCCAUUUAUGGCGAGCGAGCGAGCGACGAAGCCGAGAGGGUCGCGGGCCGCUCUCGCGUGACUUCUCGCGAUUCUCCCAAAUGGAGAGCUUUCUCGCACGCUAGUUGUUUAUGAGUUCUGGAUGCUUUUCUAUUCAGGUCUUAAAUCUUCACGGAAACGGACUUAGUCGACUGCAGCACGUGACUUGUAUGACAGCGCUGAAGAAACUGACAGUCAGCUUCAAUGAACUGACGCGAUUGGAUGAUAUAAGUUACAUGGUAAUGUCAGAUGAUUGAACUUAACCGUUAAGCACUCGAAACAACUUGUAAUUGCUUCCUUGGUUUGUAUCAGAUGUUAUUGUUUGAGAGAAUGUUGAGUUUGUUUUUCGUUUUUUGAUAGCUUUUCUUGGAAUACCUUGACGCCAGUUUCAAUAAAAUCACAACCUUAGAUGGUCUGAAGGUUUGUUGAAUUUCAUUCGUCUAGUACUGCUAAUCUCGUUGAUAGAGUAGAUCCGCCUUCUUCAAAACAACCUGCUCAAAAAACCCUCCGGUAAAUCGAGUAUUGCUGGUUUGCUUUUGACGAUAUCAAUUUCCAAAAUUAAGAAUAAUAGAAUCCAUUCUCAUAAGUUUUUAUGUCUGUCAGAUCUUUUAUUAGAUCUCCGUUGCGCUUCUAUUUUGCAAAUUUUUUAAAUUCCCAAGCUUUUGCAUAGUACAAGAUUAAAAUGGGUACCUGAGAGAUUUCAAGAAGGUAAAACCGGCACUAGUUGUCUUUGAAGUUUUUACUAGAGAGCAAGCCUUGUAUUAGAAAAACUACUACUAGGAUCUUGAGCUGUUACUUAUUGCAUUUUUAAUGUUCAUUGUUGAUGGUUAAUAGUGAAAACCCGCAAUUAAAAUCAAAAAUAAUACAGUUGAACCUGUCCACAACGGCCACCCUCGGGACAGACGAAAGUGGCCAUUGUAGAGAGGUUUAAAUAAGAAUCAAUGUAUGGACUGUCCGUCAAAAAAGGUGGCCGUUAGUGGAGAGGUGGCCGUUAGUGGAAGUUCGACUGUUAACCUGUGCCGUAUUUCCUUCACAGGGUUGCAAUAGGUUAAAAUAUUUAGACGUGAGCUGGAACCAACUGAGUCACACCCGAGAGCAACUGGGCAUCACGAGAAAACACGUGAUCACACUCACUCAUCUGGACACGCGUAACAACCCCUGGCAAAAGGUGAAUACACUCGUUACAUACUCGCAAAUAGAACACAGUACCAUACCGUGUUAUAUGUCAAAGCUAUAUACUGGAAUCUUUUGUGAAAACUGCAGUGGGCGCGACCCUUGAAGAGUUAAGUGAGGUCUCCAUUUUCUUAGCCACGGUCUCAGACGUAAUUUGACCCCUGUUUAUAGUAACGUCUGUGAAGCAGCGCCGAUAGGGAACUUAAACACCAGACGUUCUUGAUUCACGAACGGCAUGGCUGGCGGCGCAGAACUGGAUCGGGCACGUGGUUUACGUGCCAAAUGCAAAUCAUUAAGCAAACCAACAUGAAACCAUCACGAACGCUGACGGAAUAAUUUAUUUGAAAAUGUCCUUCAAAGAUUUGCGUGAAGUUUUGUUUCUUUCUUACGCAGAAUACAUGAUUUCGGACGAAGAAUUUCUACUUUUGUAUGACGAACACUCUUCGAAGAACCCAGAAUUUGAACCUCUGGUUUCAACCUGAGAACUCGCGUUUGAAGUCUGUGGCCGCAACUCAAGAACGUCUUGACAAGCGCAGUGGCUGUCAUGCUGCAAAAAUACUUCCGGUUGGCGUCCGUGGUACCAAGAAGAUCUGGUGCUUAAGUUCCCUGAUAUCUUUGUUCUGGGUCCCAAACAGACUCAACGAAUUACCGGAAAUGUGCUUUAAAUUUCCGUCGAACCUGAUUGGCAAAUCGACAAUGGCUUUUUUAACAGUCCAAACAUCGCGCGUACCUUGGCCCAGAACUAAGGCCUUGUAACAGUCUUACUCACAUGCGUACCAAUGGGCCAUUUGCGUGCUGACAUCAUUGUUAACUGCUACUACCAGAAUUCUUCAGGGAUUGGCUUUCUUGUGCAAUGUAGGGCUUUUGUAGUAAUAGAAGUCAGUGGUGAAUUGACCCCAAAGCGCAAAUAACCUUUUGGUUCUGCACCUAGAUAGGGUUAACCUCUUCAUCUCCUUUUCAGUUGUGAAUAAACAGUUAUUAGUGUUAUUAUUAUUAUUAUUAUUAUUAUUAUUAUUAUUAUUAUUAUUAUUAUUAUAAUCGAAAAGAAUCUUUAUUACAAAACCUCAAUUAAACAUAAAAAUAAUAAUAAUAAUAAUAAUAAUAAUUAUUAUUAUUAUUAUUAUUAUUAUUAUUAUUAUUAUUAUUAUUAUUAUUAAACCUCUGACAAGACUGGUCUAGAAAACCUAAAUGGUUUGGGAUAUUCCUCAAAGUCAGGCCGCAUUAUACAUUCAAUUAUCUCUACAGUUAAUUUUCUCUAAAGCUUUUGGACUGGCUGGCGCAAUUAUGUCAGUUUUUGGGUGGUGUCGAUCUUAUUUUUUAUGUCAAGGGAGAGUUCAAUUUGCUUUAAAAAGUUGCCAGAUGUGUUACUUUAAUUCGAUAAAGUCGUUCACUUUCAUUGUGAGUCAUCUUUUAUGUUUCAGCCUGAAACUUUGCGUAUGCGAGCUCUUGGAAGGUUGAAAAACUUGGAGUGUCUUGAUGGUGUGAACGUCUCGGACGAAGAGAUGACGACAGCAUUAAAGAUGGCGGCUGCUUCCCGCCCCUCCUCGUUUUCAAUCCUCGCGCAUGCUCGCACAGACCAGAGUAAACCACGGACUUUGAGCUUGGUACCGACUGCGCAAGCUAUCUUGACAAACAGCCAGAAUAAACCCGUCAAGUUAAUGGACGAUGAUAGCCAGUGGUUUCAAAAAGUAACGUCAUAACGUUUUAUGUUUUUAUGUUACCAAUAUGUUGUCUACUGUUGUCGUUUUCACGGUCACCGUCUAUUCAUUGCUUUGAUGGGCAUACUCAACUAUGAUAACCUGCGUCACAGACGUAAUUUAACUCCUGUUAGUAAUGUCUGCGAAGCAUCGCCGAGAUCCUUUUUCUGGGCUUCCUACGGACUCAACGAAUUACCGGAAGUGCGUUUUUGGAUUUCCUUUCGUCCUGAUUGGCAAAUCGACAAUGGCUUUUCCUCGCCAAAAUGACGCUGGCUCACUCGUGAGCACUACUUGGUAUUAAGAAAAUCUCGUAGUCAUCCUCGUCUUAAAAACUAAAGCUCUCUAUUGGGUCCUUUACCUAUUGUUUCAUCAAACCAAUAACAGCCCUGGACGGAAGGCUCGCCUGAAAAUCUCUACUAAGGAGCGGGAAAGCUGACAAGAAAUACGUGUUUUAAACUAUUGCGAGAUGUGAAACUGGAUGAAUUUGAACAAUGAGCUGUUAUCUUAAUAUAUGUAAACAAUCUCCUAGACUUAAUUCCAUAAACGUAUCCCUUUUUUAUUAGGUCACAACAGUCAAUCUUGACAACCAACAUCUCGGCAAGUUAGCGAAUAUGGAACAACUGGAGAAUCUGCGGUGGGCUUCUUUUAACAACAACGAUCUCACCAAGAUAGAGGUAUAAAUAUUGUAAAAGUGAACAAAAAGACCACGAGUGCCUGCUUGUCUUGCCAAUCUUAGGCGAAUUCCGGCUGACAUAUUAGGGACUCAAGAUCGAGAAUGUCGAAAGAGAAAAACCAAAACUCUGUACGCGCAGCACACUAUUUGGAAUGUUCACGCCCGCACGAACAUGACAUGAAAUUACUGAAUUCCACGUCUUAUGGAAAACCCCAACGUAAAAAACCGGAGCAAAUAUUUUCCCCUAUUUUAAACUUGGAUAUUUUCCAUAAGAAUUUAACUCCAGGAGAGCUCUCCUACAUUUGACAAAUUGAGCGAGUUGGAAUAAUAGCGUUAAGUUUCAAUGAACACGAAGCCCCUUUUUAGUGAGCUUUCGUAGCCUUCGCAGUCGUGUGACGUGGUAUCUUAAACUCUCUUCUAUCUCCAACAAUACCAGCGUUUUCAGUUCCAAACACCGUCCACAAAGACCUUUUAUCGUUCAGUCCUGCAUAUUAAAGGGAACGCUAUACUCGUGGACUCGUUUGUAAAGAGCUUUGUUCUUUUUGUUUUCAGGGUCUCGAAUCUUGCAUUCAUCUUGAGGAGCUUUCAGUUGAAAACAACUGUAUCAGCAAAUUUGAAGGUAAUUUUAAAGACAGUUUGCAUGAGCCAUGUCCAUACCAAGCGGUUACUAACUCCUUCAAUUUCCCGCGCUUUUUUGCGUUAUACCAGAAAUGAGUUUCUGGUUAUAAUUAUUAUGGCGGGUCAUAUUGCGAGGUCAAACUAUCUUACAGCAUUCUAUUCUAGAAUAACAUAACUAAAACUCCCUAAACUCUGUGUGACCAAUGCUUUUGCGCUGUCUUUUGAUUCAGGUCUUUCCAAACAAACAAAGUUAACCUGGCUAAGUCUAGCCGGUAACAAUCUUACGUCCCUUGACACCGGAGUCCUGGAAAAACUACCACAGUUGAGAUAUUUGUCUGUGGAAAACAACGCCAUCACCUACCUUCGUGGGCUCCAGGUAACGUUGUUCACGUUUCUAAGCCAAGAGCCUAGGAGCCUUUUUUUUAACUGAGCGCUUUCUAUUUGUCUAAAAAAAAUGGUCGUGUUUUUUGUUCAGAUAACGAGGGAAAUGUUUUCCAAGUUUUUUUCAAUGUUUUGUACCUAGGCUCCUAAGCAAAUAUGGGAAGAGUACAGGCAGGCUGGCUCCUGGGUCAGGUUACCGCAAAGGGUCAUGGAAGGGGCAUGCGAAGCCAAGCGCAAAGCAAGCGAGGAGCGACAGACACGCGCGACGCGGAAAGGCACGGUUUUUCUGCGCUUUCCCCUGUGGUGCGUGUCUGGUGCCCCACGCUCGCUUCGCGCUUGCCUUCGCUUGCCCGAAAAACGCGAAAAAAAAUAACGCCUGUUAUGCAGGCUAGGUUUAUGGUUAACGUGGUACGAGGCAAGGGGUUUUUAUGUGAUUAAGAAAUUCUUGGAAAUUCUUGCGCCAAAUCAAUCUCCAGUGCUGACCUUACUGUUGUUCUUCUUAAAAGAGUCGACAGAAUUUGUUUUGAGAUUUAAUCGCUGCGUCUUCUUUCAGAAUAAUCAAAAUCUUCAAGAACUUUACAUUGGCAACAACCAGCUGACCAACAUCCGGGAGAUAUUUAACCUAAAGGUAAAACAUAUUUAUCUCAAUUUAUGUCUUGCCGGAUUUUUGAAAAAGUUACCCCCAGAUAGAUCGCUUCCGUCAAACAGUUCUUUUUUUUUUCGGCCAAAGUAGCCAUUAUAAAAACUAAGAGUGCAACCAUUGCUUUUUUCUCUUCUCCUCCUUUCUUCUUCCUCACUUUUUCUUUUUCUCCUUUCUUUUCCUUCGCUGCUUCGAUUUUGGAGCUUAUUGGGCGUCAAAACCCCGCCUUUUGGCCUUUUUCACUCAAAUAGCGGCAAAUUUCGUUACGUUCGUUAUCACAAAUUCGGCUAGAUGUAUAAUUAUCUUUCAGUCUUCCCUGUAAAGAUGUAUCAGUCAGUGAUCCUCAGAAUUAAUACUUUAUUUGUAUUUUUUUCCUAGACCAUACCUAAUCUUCUUAUCCUUGACCUCUGUGGUAAUCCUACGGCUUCCGCUGGCCAAAAUUACCGCUUGUUCGUUGUUUACCACUUGACGUCAUUGAAAGCUCUGGACGGAUUGGCUGUGGUAGGGUUAUAGUAGAAUCCUUGUUUACAUUUUUUGCCUCAUUAACAUUUGCUUAUCAUUAUCUGCUGAAGCUGAUGUUAUAAACUCUCAAUAUUGAAAGAGUAAAACAAUUUCAGUUAUCUCUAAAAUUUUGAGCCCGACUUCUUCAAUAGUUUCGGAGAAAUUCUCUUUGAAAAACCCUAAACUUUACAAAGAAUUCUGAAUGUAUGAGCUCAUCAACGUUUUGCCACCCCGCAUUUCGCAGUUUUGAUUGCCUAUAUGUCCUUUGUUAUUGAUUGCAACUGGGGAGCUAAAACUUGCACAAACUGCUCGAAUUAACCAACUCUUGCAACUUUUCAACCUAAUCUGUAUAUACGGCGACGGCUUCUAUGGGUUAACUCGUAUGCUAAUGACAAGACUGUAAACAAUGACGUCAGUAAGGAUUCGCCUAUAUGUUACAAAAACUUCCUUAGUUUGACUAUUGGCCACAUUGCUGCUGUUAUUGUUUACACGUCAUGUUAGUACGUGAUCUUUUCAUCAAUCUCUGUUUUAAAGACUUUUUUUUCCUUCUAUGCAUCUCAGUUCCUUUCUUAUUCUGUGUUUUGAAGGAAACAUCAGAAGGCAGUCUUGCCAAGGAUACAUUUGGAGGAAGGUUUGUGACAUUUCAGACAAGUGACUCAGUUUAUAUUGAUCUCAAUGAGAAGACUCUGAUUCAAGCAUAUAGUUCGUCUUUCUACAGGCUUACUCCAGAUUUCAUCGCCGAGCGCCUGGGUCAUGCAAACUUCUCAGAGCUAAGAGAACUUGAUUUACCUCACUGUAGCCUAAGAACUGUGGAUUUGGGAACCAAAGAUGUGUUCAUUAACUUGAGAAGGUUAGUCUCUCCACGACACCCCUCUUCCUCCCCACCCCACCCCCCUCCAUCACCUUAGUCUCUAGAGACCUGAGCCCACAGUCAAUCAUUGCUUUUGUGUCACCGGAAUAUUUCUGUCACGAGUCGAGAAAACGAGGAAAGGCACUUCAUCGGCCUCGUAUUCAGACAUAUCUCCUCUUGCUCCAAAAGUGUAAAGCCCUGGGAAGUAGAUUACAUUAUCACUGUCAUGUGCUUAGUUCAGCUCAGGUCCUUGGCAUUCUCUUCCUCUCGUGAACGAGCGAAAACGGGCGUGCAAUAUUCAAAACUACCAACGUUCCUCGCCAGAAAGAAUUACCAGGUAACUAGUUACAUUGGAUACUUGAUAUAACUAACCUAUAUAUAACGAAUUUCCCUGUAUAACGACCGAUUUUGUUUACCCCAGUAAUACGAAAAUAUAUGGAAAAGUACCUCGAUAUAACGCAACCUCGUUAUAGCGAACGAAUUUUGCCAGUCCCUCGGUACUUUGUUAUAACGAGGUUCCACUGUAACUUAGCUAGUGGUGCAGAAUUUGCAAUUGUUCCAUAUAAAGUUAACGUUACAUUCUUUUUCAGUGUAAACCUGGAGCAUAACUCGUUGACCUCUUUUGGCGGCCUUGUAAACCUCGUCAAUCUUAAGGUAAAAGCUACCUGAUAUAUAUUUUUUUGUUUCGUCACUGUUUUAGAACAGUACCUUGCUUAGACGAAAAUGAGAAGAGACCAGUUUAAAGAAUGAAAAUGAAAGAUCUUAGACCCUACUAAAUUAUAUGGUUUUAUCUAUGUCCCUCUCAGGUCCUCUGUCUNUUCUACAGGCUUACUCCAGAUUUCAUCGCCGAGCGCCUGGGUCAUGCAAACUUCUCAGAGCUAAGAGAACUUGAUUUACCUCACUGUAGCCUAAGAACUGUGGAUUUGGGAACCAAAGAUGUGUUCAUUAACUUGAGAAGGUUAGUCUCUCCACGACACCCCUCUUCCUCCCCACCCCACCCCCCUCCAUCACCUUAGUCUCUAGAGACCUGAGCCCACAGUCAAUCAUUGCUUUUGUGUCACCGGAAUAUUUCUGUCACGAGUCGAGAAAACGAGGAAAGGCACUUCAUCGGCCUCGUAUUCAGACAUAUCUCCUCUUGCUCCAAAAGUGUAAAGCCCUGGGAAGUAGAUUACAUUAUCACUGUCAUGUGCUUAGUUCAGCUCAGGUCCUUGGCAUUCUCUUCCUCUCGUGAACGAGCGAAAACGGGCGUGCAAUAUUCAAAACUACCAACGUUCCUCGCCAGAAAGAAUUACCAGGUAACUAGUUACAUUGGAUACUUGAUAUAACUAACCUAUAUAUAACGAAUUUCCCUGUAUAACGACCGAUUUUGUUUACCCCAGUAAUACGAAAAUAUAUGGAAAAGUACCUCGAUAUAACGCAACCUCGUUAUAGCGAACGAAUUUUGCCAGUCCCUCGGUACUUUGUUAUAACGAGGUUCCACUGUAACUUAGCUAGUGGUGCAGAAUUUGCAAUUGUUCCAUAUAAAGUUAACGUUACAUUCUUUUUCAGUGUAAACCUGGAGCAUAACUCGUUGACCUCUUUUGGCGGCCUUGUAAACCUCGUCAAUCUUAAGGUAAAAGCUACCUGAUAUAUAUUUUUUUGUUUCGUCACUGUUUUAGAACAGUACCUUGCUUAGACGAAAAUGAGAAGAGACCAGUUUAAAGAAUGAAAAUGAAAGAUCUUAGACCCUACUAAAUUAUAUGGUUUUAUCUAUGUCCCUCUCAGGUCCUCUGUCUGAACCACAAUCAUGUCGAAAGCGUGAUUGCAAAGCCGAAGGCAACGUCACCAGCGAACGCACCAAAGCGAGGCACUGACUUUUCCGUAGCAUCAGAGAUAACCAACCCGGAGAAUUUUACUCCAGUUCUUCCUAACCUUGAAGUUCUACACCUUGGGUAAUAAAUACAUAAUACAUAGAUUUACCCAAAUCUAAAAGCGAAGCUCCAGUUAAGAAAUCUACAAUUUAAUUUAAACAAUGUAAUCAUCGCAAAGAAAUCCACUUAAAGUUGAGUCUGCGAUCAGUUGAAACACGAAGGGUCGAUACCUAAGCCCGCGAUAUGGUCGUGUAAUACUAGUCAGCGGAUACCCUGUUUUGAAGGCUGUCAAUUGACGACAACAUGGAUGUGCAAUAUCAGGUUGCAGGCUCCCACACUAGCUAGAAAGUCUGAGAUUUUACAUUGGUUUCCGUGUGAUCUGACGGACGGAAGGACGGACGGUCACGUGACUACCAAAAUUUCUUGGAUGGAUAGAUUUUCCUAGCUAUGAAGCUUCGCUAUUGAAUGUCCUUCCUCUAUCCGUAGCUUUCGAGUUGAAAGUAGAAGUUGUCUUUAAAUAGUUUGACCACGGUUUUAACCAGAAGGGAUCUCUAGCCGUCCUAUGGACGGCCAUUUUCGGAAGGAAUACAAGGAAAACUCACUUAAUCUCUUAAAAUUUUAAGGGAAAACAUGCCUUCUGGACGGCCAGUUUUCAAUGUCUGAGUUAGACCCUUGACUUCCAAUUAAUUUUCGGUUGAAUUAAUCAAAAUCCAGUUUAUUUUAGUUAUGACGGACAUCCAGCAAAGAUAAGUCACUCGAAAAGCGCGCGUUUUUGACUUUGUAUUUGCGGUAACGUUGGGAAGGUUAACAACAAGAUGUGAAAGGGGUGAACAAUGUGUACGCAAAUUCAUUGACGGAAUUAGACAUCGACACCAUGGAACGUCCCGUGUGUGGGUUUCGAUUAUAUUUUCUGAGGUUAACUGAAAAAUACAUAUUAAAAUUUUUGCGGUUAAUGUUUCCUUCAGACUUGUACGCUUUUUCCUUUUUACGACAGAUACAACGGCAUCACUGAUAUGGCCGCCUUGCAGCUCUCUCGUCUGACUAAUUUAAGAGCUCUUUUCUUACAAGGUAGGCUAAAAACUUUUAAAAGUUAAGUGAUCACCUUUUUUCUAUGUUAGACCUUUCUUUUGCUGUUCAUGGUUUAAAAUAACCUUCGUAGAUAGUUAGCCCUUCAUCUUUAAACACAUGUGGGAAUACUGUUGGAUUCUCGGAGCUUGCGGACAGUUCAUCCGAGGGUCUUUCACACACCGCCAUUUUAAAGCAGUGUUGAGAGGACCCUAGUUAAUAAGUCACGUCACCGAUAAUUGUGCGGAUGUGAUGUGUACUUCUUCGGGAUGGACGCGUCGAAUCUUAGAUCACAGGUCGGCUUUCACGUUCGAACUUUGGAUUCCGUUCGUGUUGUUUAAUGUGAAUCCGUAGUCCAUCCGCUACCAAUGAGUGCCACGUCGCGUUAUUCUUUCCUGUCUGUUUUUAGAUUUCUUUUCCCGCGGAAAUUUGAAGAAUCGCUUUCCUCGCCAAAUUCUGAUGACUUUCAUCCCGAGGAGAAAGCUUUUCUCCUUUCUUCUUUCUGGUUCAGGUUGAGCCACUUGUCACUGAAUACGUAAUGUGACUUAGAGUCACACUUUACCAUCUGACAUUACUGUUCUUUUCCAGAAAAUCAUACUCUGCUCUGAUCGGCUGAGAGUUUUUUUGGCACAAAAUAAGAAUGUAUAAAUAGCCUGAAUAUUAAGUACGCUGUGACCCAAGCCUCAUUAGAGAAAUCGAGGCACUAGGUCAAUAGGCUUCUAUUUGAAUAGAAACUUUUCCAUAUUAUCGUUGUCUCUUGUUUGGUAAAGGCCAGUCCACCGAUUUGUCUUAGUCCACUCGGCCAUGUAUGGUUUGAGAGGGUGGCAGUUGUGGUGGAUGGGGCAGUAACCUAUUAGUAGCUAACACUCGUCAAUGUUUCGCUCUUCUGUAACCGAGAUAAACUCUGGCGGUGUGGGCCUUCUAAGUUCAAACUGCGCCUUUGCCUUUCUUUAUCUAACUUUUAUAUAAAGCGCAAAACUGACCGGGAGCUAAUUUUUUUACAAGUCGUAUUAUUAUUCUCUGUAGGAAAUGAUAUCGGCAAAAUAGAAGGACUUGAGGGACUACUAGAACUCCGAGAACUUGUUCUCGAUCGAAAUAAAAUCAAGGUAAUAAUUUUCGAAAAUAGAACAUGAUUUAUCCUAUACUAUAGUAUUGCCUGAAGAAGUCAAAGACUUUUCCCCAGAAAGACUAUUUUCUUAACGUGUGCAAGUUUUGGGGGCAAACACUAAUUGUUCAAAGCUAUUUUAACAGUCAAGAUAUCUGCAUCAAUAGUGUAGUGCGAUUGGAGGGAGCGUAUUUUACCUCGUGUUCCAUGUACAAAGGAACGUUAGACUAUACCGGAUAGUUUUUCGUGCCGUGUAAACAGCAACGUUCCGGGACGACACAAGUCGUUCGCGUACAUCGAAAAUCGUGCCGGCGCGAUUGGCCGAGAGGGUUUGGUGCAUUAAAUUCCAGUCCUCACUCCUAAAUAUUUACACAUCUCAGUGCGUUCUAGUCUUCGCUCAUACUUAUUUUCUUUUGCGGCGGACUGAAUAGGUGUUCACAUUGCACCAAAGUUUGGCGCAAAAACUAUCCGAUAUAUGACGCUCCACUUUCGAGAUCGGCGCGGCGUAACUUCCCUCCGUUUUACAGAAAUCGCGCCGAAAUCACCAUUCUUAUGUGUAAACAGAAGCUCUCUCCGGUAUGGCUUUCGUGCCGACAUAAAAAGCUACCAUGCAUAGUAUGAACGCCUGUCCAAUAUGUGACUCUCCUCUUUAGGGAUCGGCGCGACUCAGCUUCCCGCCGUUGCAGAAAUCGCGCCAAAAUCACCGUUCUUCUGUGUAAACAGAAGCCCUUUCCGGUAUGAUUUUCGUGACGGCGCAAAAGCCAUCUUGUAUAGUGUGAACAUAGCGUUAAGGAAAGGUCCGCCCCUGAUUGAAAUGUACCUAUAGCGCCUGGUAUUUACUUAAAUUUGCCUAUGGUUCCCGCAGGGUAUCUCAAGCACGUCAUUUAUGAGUCAGUGGAAUGUCACCGAGUUACACAUGGAAGAAAACAGGAUACGGGAAUUAACUAACCUUGAGCCGCUUCAAAAUCUUCAGCGGUUGUAUUUGGGAAUGAACCGUAUUCAAGUAAGUUACCUUCAAAAUUGUCACCGUUUUUAUGGUGGCGUCGGGCAUACAUUGUCAAACAAAUAAGCCUUUCUUGAUGUCUCUCCUUCAAGUUGAGGCUUCUUAAAGAGUAAUUUUGCCCUCGUUAGGUACAGGCUUUACGUUUCUCUCUGCAAACAAUGAUCUUAUAUAUAUAUUUUUUAAUUUUCUACCCUAGGACAUAGCUGAGCUGGAAAGGCUAGAAUGUUUGAGGCACCUUGUUGAACUGUCUGUUAUUAAUAAUGCGGUGAGUUUAAAAAAAAUUGUGUUUGUUAGCUUUUCCACCUUCAAAAUCCCACUCUUAAGUCAUCAAUAAAUACUUAAGUACUCACAAAGUAAAUAUGAAAACCGAUCUCAAAGCUUUUCCACCUUUGACUUAACACCAUCUUUUUCUACACUUGAUUUAAUCAGCUAUAGUCCGUAGUUCUAGGAGACCUAACCUCUCAUAAGCUUCUAUAGUUUCUGUUAGGUCUCCUUGCCACUUCUUUUUUCUUUUAUUUUAUCUUAUAUUUUUUGUAAUUUCUAUCAUUGUGUGGAUAAUAAAUAAAUAAUUACUAGCCUGCGUGCUAGGCGUUAAAUGGGAAAGAGGAUGGGGGAAUUCAGGCACGUGAGAGAGCGAGGGGGGAACGAGGAGCGUGCGGGGAGGAAACCCUCGCCCUCUCGCGCGCCCGAAUUCCUCCUUCCUCUUAUCCUUUCAACGCCUGUCACGUUGGCUAAAUCCCGACUUAAGGAUCGUACCCAUGGACUGACAGGUGAAUUGCAAAUAGCAGAGUAUAAUUCGUAUAAUUUCAACCGUCAGAGUAUAAGUGCAUACCAAUUGUAAAUGAAUAACUGCAAGGGGCCGCAGGUGAAUAUGCUGCAGAACGUAGGAUGUAAAGAAGACCUGAUCAGCAAAAAUGUACAAGCUUUGUAGAUUUCAAUGCAUAUAUCAGUUUUAGUUUUGAGAGCGUUAAGUUGUUGCGAAAAUGUUAAGAAAGAGACUGUUUUUCUAAGUUCGAUUUUUAGAAGCUCAAGUUAUACGGAGACCCAGGUUAUCAAAGGUUCAAGUCGAAGUGGUCAAAGGUUUAGUUAGUUGUGGGACUGAGUUAUACAUGUGUGAGACAAACGUAACGGCAAUUGACAUACGUAAACCAACCAUGGUCUGGCCAGUACACACACACACAUACAUACAUGUGUGUAAGCUAUCAUUAUAGCGGUCAUUCAACAUUUGAUUUCAGCUUUAAAAGUAAGUUCGUGUGGCAUCAGCUUGUCAGCCUGUUAAUGUGCCUCCUUAGACAACAUCUUGUUCUGUUGCUGUUUAGUUACAUUUGCCAUAUAUUCCUUAGGUUACCCGUCGUCUUCUUCACCGGCCGCUACUUGUAUACCGCAUGCCCAAUCUUCUGUGCAUUGAUGGGAUUCCUGUCUCAGGUGACGAGAAAGCCAAAGCUGAAAUGUACUUCAUCGAGCAGCAGGUUAAUAACAAUAGUAAGAAGUUUAUUGUACACUCCCCUGCGGGGCUUUUCAGUGAUACAAGACAGAGCUUUAUAUAACUCAUUAUCAAGUAUAUAUAAAAAUACCCCCUCCCCCCCCCCCAAAAAAAAUUUAAAAUUACCUAACUUUCCGUUUAAAAUUCUUAUGAUACAAGAGAAGGUUAAAACCUACGAAGCGCUCGCGGGAUCAAGAAAUUUAUGUAACAAUAUUUGCCUCAGUUUCUGUUUAAAAUCCCUAUGAUUCUUACUUAAUUUGAGGUCUUAUCUAGGCUGUUCCACAAACAGGUUGCAAUUCCUGAUUAAUGUUUGUUUGCCCUACUCAUCGAUCAAACCUACUCUUUCAUUAUACCUUCUUUUUUACAAUCUAUUCUCCUCUCGCCGAGAUUUCUCCCCUUCUAAUUUCCCUGUUCUUAUUAAUGCUGACAUGUGACCUCCCAUGUGACUUUCCUUGGCAGGGUGGAAUGCAAAAUAUGACGUCUGCUUUAGAACCCAGCCUCCCAGGAAUAGUGACGACGCGUUCCCAGGCCCCCCUUCGGGUAGGUUGCUUAGAAUGUUUCUAUUGAAGACUGUCCAGCGUUUUCACUCAGUCAUGAUUAAAUGAAUUAGGGUGCACAUAGGUACAGAAAAUGAGAACCCCUUUAGAGCGUUGAGUGGUAAGGUUGUCCAGGUUUCGUGGCUCCACAGAAAGCUAUCCCUUAUAAUGUGAACAUAGUCUUAAUAGUCCUAAUCCGUCGAGCUAAACGCUUGAACGACGAAAAUGGCCACGCGCGCAGUUGAAGGUGCGAAAUAGGAGAGGCACCCUCGCUUCUCGCGUGACACGCGUGAAACUUAACUAACCGGCUUUUUUGAAAGAAUAAGAGUCACCCUCGCUUCUCGCGUGACACGCGUGAAACUUAACUAACCGGCUUUUUUGAAAGAAUAAUAAGAGACUGCUGCCAGUCUACAGAGCUCAGCAAGGUGGGAACCAGCACGGUAGUGCUAAAGAUAUUUUGUGACUCAAUGUCACAACUAAAAAUCUUACACGGACCAUCUCUAACUACUUGACCUUAGAAAUUGUUCUUCGCAUCUUUAUUCCUUAUUUGAUGCGUUCAUUCGCUUUCUUGUAUCUCAGGUCACUACAGUUCAACUGAAUAACAACACAGACCGUAACUGGGGAACCACUGCACUAAGAAAUGAUUUUCCUAAUGGCACCUUACUAAGGACCUUUGAACAACAGCAAGAGAAAGGUAAAACGAGGAUAAACACCAGCAUUUUUGCGCAGAAAUCGGUCACUGUUCUAGAUUACGUUGUGAUGUAAGCGGCCCUGUCAAGGGUGUUAGGGGGAAUCCAUGAAGGAUAGCAGAAAAAUCCAGCAAGGAUGAUCAGGUCAGUCGUUCAGUGCAAAAGAGCGAAAAACGGCGGAAGAGAGAAGGGAAGAGAAAGGAUCUUUUCAAGUACAUUCAAUUGAUCAAUUUAGGUUUAUGGGAAACUACCCACCUACCCCUCCCCUAACCCAACAUUAUCACUUACUUCUCACUUAGGGCAAAAUGUUGGGCUAGGGGAGGGGUGGAUGGUCAGUUCCCAAGAAACCUAAAUGGAUCCCAUUCAAUCGGCCCACUACUCCGACCACUUCGUGAAAAACUGUUUCUCGAGUCAAAAUUUUAAAUGUCAAAGUGUCAAAAUGUGCGGUGUAGGAGGCUUUCACCUGCUCGACAUGUUUGUUAGACUCUGCGCGCGCGAAGCAAAACGAUUGACGUAAGUCAUACGUCACAUUUUUUACACAUUUCACCCCACACUUUCUUUGCAUAUAUAAAGCGCGCGCGGAAUAUUUUCUCAUCCCUGAUGAUGCCGUUGAUUGACGAAAGCCUGGAUUUUAGAUUUUCCUUUUUAAACAGCAGUUUAAGGCCUCACUAGAGCAGUUUUAUACUAUGCUGCCGAAGGACAGCAUGAGCAGAUUAUUGAUGUAAGUGUUGAAGUAAACUGUUGCCAUUGGCUAAUCAUAGGGUAUACUGGAAUGAGCCAUUGAAAACAAUGCUUACAGGUUCGAAUACAUUGUCUCUCCCCAGCCCCCUUGCAGUUUUCGCGCAACUUUUCUCGAUCCGCUUUCUUCACUAUGUUGGAUUCUGGAACAGGCUGGGAAGCACUAAAAUUCACUCCCCAGGCACGGUCUCCGAAUAUGUAUUGCCCGGUAGUAGUUUGGAAGCCAUGGCCAGCUGUUUAGCCUUCACUUAGGCCCACCAGUGUGGUAUUGCCUCCAGGUACCCUUCGCUGUCCUUUACAAGGGUUUAUCCUUUGGACGCUCAUAUCCGCAUAUCACAUGUCUCAGUGGCCUCCAUCGCCUCCCCCUUUCUCUCUCAGUAGGGAGUUUUAGCAACGACGACGGUGACGGCAACGAGAACGUCAAAACAGCAAUAGGCUUAUCAAGCAAAACAACAUUUUUGCACGUGCAUCACGUUUUUUUGUACAUUUCUUUGCCGUUACUGCACGACUAGGACGUGAAAAUGCCUAAUUUCACGUUUUAUGGAGGACGUAAACAACGAAAUUUUCUUUCUCUUUCUAAACUUUAGUGCGGUCCCCAAGAAAUCAACUCUCGGGAAGAGAAGAGAGACAUUGUCAGCGAAUUGGAAUAAACGAGACAAAGUUUGAAAAAAAGCUAAUUCAUUUUAAAAGUGACAUUUUCGCUGCCGUCGCCGUCGCCGUGGUCGAUGCUAAAACUCCCUAGUGUGAGGGUGAAGACGGACCUUUUGUGGGGUAAAGUGAAGUUCCUAGUUCAGUUAAUACAGUUCAUAAUCUCGGAUCCUUUCUUUAACUACAAAUGCUCUUUAUUCGACAUUGAUUUUCACAGCCCGCCGUCGCGUCGCUAACACGCGCGGAGCCUCGAGCCACUCGCUACAAACCCUGUCUACUUCUGACUCAACGCACAGUCUCUCAAAUGACAGAUACGGACGCACUUCCGGUAGCCUCAACCCGCAGCAGUCACUUAGCAGGCAGCCCCAGGCCUCUUCGUCUGUUCCGUACAUAGCUCACGGAAAUUACUCGUCUUACAGCGUGAAUGGCGACCUCACGGAUUCAAACAGGUAA